AUGAUUUCGCAGGUGUUCAUCUUGUCUUCCAAAGGCGAUUAUCUCAUCUACAAAGACUUCCGUGGCGAGGCUGGGAAAGAUUCCAUCAGCGUGUUCUACGAAAUGGUCACAGCCUUGAGUGGUGACCAGCCACCGGUUGUCAUGGUAACUUUCCGCACUCACAAAGACCUGCAUUUCAUUCAUGUCAAGCAAGGUGGACUUUACUGGGUUGCAUCUACAAAAGUGAAUCCUUCCCCCUUCACUAUCAUUGAAUUUCUCAACAGAUUAGCUGCACUCACAAAGGAUUAUUGUGGCAGUCUGUCUGAGAAAUCAGUCCGAAUGAAUUUUGCACUCAUUUAUGAGCUUUUGGAUGAGAUGGUGGAUUAUGGCUACAUCCAGACAACCUCCACUGAUAUCCUCAAAAACUUCAUUCAGACCGAAGCAGUCAGUUCCAAACCCUUUAGUCUGUUUGACCUUAGUAAUGUUGGCUUGUUUGGAGCUGAAACCCAGCAGAGCAAAGUGGCUCCCAGUGCUGCAGCCACUCGUCCCAUAAUGUCCGGUCGUGGAGAGCAGGGAGGGAAAAAUGAGAUUUUUGUGGACGUGAUAGAGAGACUCUCAGUGGUCAUUGGCUCCAAUGGUAUGUUGAUGAAGGCAGAUAUUGAGGGUGAAAUCAGAGUGAAGUGUUACCUACCAAGUUGUUCAGAGAUGAGAAUUGGAUUGAAUGAGGAGUUCAGCAUUGGGAAAUCUCAGCUAAGAGGCUAUGGGGCAGCAGUACAUGUAGACGAAUGCAGUUUUCACCAGGCUGUCAAAUUGGAUGAGUUUGAUUCCUUUAGAAUCUUGAAAGUUUGUCCCAGUCAGGGAGAGCAAACGGUAAUGCAGUACCAGCUCUGUGACAAUCUUCCUUGUGCUCCACCGUUUCGUCUGUUUCCCACACUAGAAAGGGAUUAUGGGAACAGGUUACUGAUAUACCUUAAACUACGAUGUGACCUGCCACCCAAAAGUUCUGCUCUUAACGUCUCCAUAACAGUGCCUGUUCCUAAAGGCUCAUUGAGCCUGUCUCAGGAGCUGAGCAGUCCAGACCAGAGUGCAGAGCUGCAGCCCAAAAACAAAGCCAUUUUAUGGGAAAUACCUCGAUUUCCUGGAGGGGCACAGCUUUCUGCACUGUUUAAGGUUGAGGUUCCUGGCCUUAGCUCUGCCUCCUUACUGGAGGUUGGUCCAGUUAGCAUGAGCUUCGAGUUACCUAAAUACACCUGCACAGGACUUCAGAUCCGGUUCCUUCGCCUCACCCCGACCCAGCCCGGACUGUCCCAACGCUGGGUCCGCUAUGUCACACACUCUGACUCCUAUACCAUCCGUAUCUGAACUCAGCAAAAAGAAAGAAAAACAGUGUUGAAACAAGCGAAUUGCAGUGGCCUAGUGACCUUGGCAGGAUAUGCAAAGGCCAAUCAAAGCAUCCCAUCUGAAUCAGAAUCAGAACUCACUGGUCUAUCUGAGGACUUCCCAUCUGAGUGACAGUGAACAUGGGUCAAGC